AUGUGUUUUUUCCAUGUUGGGCAUAUUUCAAUUGAGGUAGAUAUAAUAGAAAAAGAAGCUUUAGACCGCAGGCUGAGAAGGUUAAAGAAGGCAAAGAAAACUGGUUGUCUUGAAGUAAUUGAUAAAGGACAAAUACAUUUUGAAGAAAAGAAUCAAGAUAUUGAAAUAAAAGUAGAGAAUAAAGUGGAUGCAUUAGUUGCAACAAGGAUGAACAAAGGUCCUAAAGGAGUACAACCUAAGAUGUGUAACAGUUGGUAUAUUGAUAUGUAUGGAGAGAGGCAUGUUCAAGAAAUGAUAUUUCCAGAUGAUUACCUAUUGCAACAAUUAAGAGGAAAACCAAAAGGAAUCCAACAAAUACUUGAAGAACAGAAUCUUUAG